GCCAGCAUCCCAAAAACUGAAACCCAGAAAAGAAAUACCAACAACACUGCUCCCAUAAACCCCGAUAUAAACACUAAUCAUUGACAUUUUAACCGCUAUGAAUGUUCUGUCUCUGCAUAUGUGUGUAUAGCAGACGAAAGAGCACAGAGGAAAAAUUCACUGUAUCAAAAGUGUGUCGUUGCCAUGGAAACGGAGGGUAAGGUGAUCAAGUGCAAGGCAGCAGUGGCCUGGGAACCAGGAAAACCACUCUCUAUUGAGGAGGUGGAGGUUGCCCCUCCUAAACCACAUGAAGUACGAAUUAAGAUAGUAGCGUCUGGAGUAUGCCACUCAGAUUGGGCUUACCUUUAUGAUGUUGCUAAAAUGAAGCCACAGUCUUUUCCUUUGAUCCUGGGGCAUGAAGGAGCUGGAAUUGUGGAGAGUGUUGGUCCAGGUGUCAGAAAGGUGUCUAAAGGAGAUAAAGUCAUUCCUUUGUUCCUGCCACAGUGUGGACAAUGUGAACGCUGCCUGAGUCCAAAGACAAACCUCUGUACAAAAAACUGGGAGAAAACUCAACAGGGUGUUCUUGCAGAUGGCACCAGCAGGAUCACCUGCAAAAACCAGCAGAUUUACCAGUUUAUUGGUAUCAGCACCUUCUCUGAAUAUACUGUUGUGCCAGAGGACAAUGUCACCAAGAUUCACCCAGACGCUCCACUGGACAAAGUCUGUCUGUUGGGCUGUGGAGUGUCUACAGGAUAUGGAGCAGCAGUGAACACAGCCAAAGUAGAAUCUGGCUCUACAUGUGCGGUGUUUGGUUUGGGAGCUGUUGGACUAGCAGCUGUCAUGGGAUGCAAGGCUGCCGGUGCCACCAGGAUCAUCGCCACUGACAUCAACCCAGACAAGUUUGAGAUCGCCAGGACUUUUGGAGCAACUGAGUUUGUGAACCCUAGAGACCAGAGUAAACCCAUUCAGGAGGUGCUGAGGGAGCUGAGUAAUGGUGGCGUUGACUUCUCUAUUGAGUGUGUGGGGAAUGUGGGAGUUAUGAGGGCUGCCGUGGAAGCAUGCAGUCCUGCAGGGGGGAUCUGUGUGAUUGUGGGUUGGAUUGAGGUGGAAGAACUUUCUCUAGCUCCCCUGGAUAUCCUAUUAGGAAGAACUUUAAAAGGCACUUAUUUUGGAGGUUGGAAGAGUGUUGAGGCGGUGCCCAGACUUGUUCAAGACUAUAUGAACGGGAAGCUUCUGCUUGAUGAGUUUGUGACACACAGACUGACUCUAGAUCAGGUUAAUCAGGCCUUUGAUCACAUGAUCACCGGAAAAAGUAUUCGGACAGUGAUUGAGAUGUAACAUGGAGAUUAUUCCCAAUAUCCUUCAGACAUCUCAAGUACUUGGUGGGUUCCUCCUCUGCCUCUCUAAAGGCCAUGCACUAUCCAACUGAACGGCAUAAUCAGUGUCAUACG